UCGUGAGAAACAUUUUUGGCACUUAGCAAAGUGGGCAUCUUUCUUUGUAUGGCCGCCUAAAGCCAGUCUGCCUCUCAAAAGAUUCCAAAAGCCAUCAAAUUUUCCCUUCUGUUUUCACCUAUAAAAUCCGACCCACCUCGUAUUUUCCGCUUGCCAUCAAGCUCAUAAGCUCUAUUUGCUUAUUGAACUCUCGUAAGCUCAUUUCUCUUUGAUCUCUUCUAUUCUGGUUAAAGAUGGCAACUGUGAGGGUUCCCUCUCAAUGCAUGUUGAAAACUGCACCCAAGAGUCAGCUAACUAGUACCAUUAUCAAGAGUCCAAGUUCACUAGGAUCAGUAAGGAGCAUCUCAAAGUCUUUUGGCUUGAAAUGCUCCCAAAACUUCAAAGCAUCAAUGGCAGUGUACAAAGUGAAGCUGAUUGGACCAGAUGGUGAAGAGAAUGAGUUUGAAGCCUCUGAUGAUACAUACAUUCUUGAUGCAGCUGAGAAUGCUGGAGUCGAGCUGCCUUACUCUUGCAGAGCUGGGGCUUGCUCUACUUGUGCAGGGAAGAUGGUGUCAGGUGCAGUUGAUCAGUCUGAUGGUUCCUUCCUGGAUGAGAAUCAAAUGGAGGAGGGUUAUUUAUUGACUUGUGUUUCCUAUCCAACCGCCGAUUGUGUGAUUCACACUCACAAGGAGGAAGAACUCUGCUGAGUGAUGGAAUCAGGACUAAGUAGGUGAAGGUUCUCUGUAAGUUGUCAAGGAUUCCCCAUAAUGGUUAAGGUUCUUUGGACCUUUAGUUCUUUUAGUUUGUUACUAAAAUGUUAUCCAUCCAGAUUUUACUGGUAAUUCUGUUGCCCAAAUCUAUAAAUUUUCAUGCUUCAAAUGUCGCAGAUUUGCAACAUUUUAAGCUUCUUGUCAA